UUUGAAUAUCUCUCUCUCUCUUUAUCUUUCUCUCCCUUCCUUCAAUCAGGACGGCUGAUUCCGUUUUGACCUCAAGAUUUUGCUCGAAAAUGGCUUUGUCCAGCUGUGCUUCUAGGGUUUCCCUUCCUUUUGAAUGCCGUUCAGAUCCCGAUUUCUCCGGCGGAAUUCCACGACGUGACGGUGGACGGUUCUUUUGCAAGCUAGGUGGAGUAUCCGGUAAUGGAACGAUCGGUAUGUCUUUGAUUCUGAGGUUUCCUCCAAACUUUGUUAGACAGCUCAGCAACAAGGCUCGGAGGAACUGUAGCAACAUCGGGGUUGCUCAAAUUGUUGCUGCUUCUUGGUCUAACAACCAGCCUAUUUCUUCGGCGGCGGCGGGGGGUAAGGCCGUUGACGCCGCCGCCUCCUCCUCCGCCGUCUCCGCCCCGAUCGUUGCGGGUGAAGAUGUUGUUAAUAAUAAUGAUAAGGAUUUAGGUUCGAGUAAUGGUAGCCCUCUUGUACAGUUUGAGGCUUUGGAGAAUGUUCAUAAGCCCUCAUUUUUGAAAUCCGAUGGCAGCGUUGCAAUUCAUGCUGGUGAAAGAUUGGGUCGCGGCAUUGUUACUGAUGCAAUAACUACCCCAGUGGUCAAUACAUCUGCCUAUUUCUUCAAGAAAACUGGCGAACUCAUUGAUUUCAAGGAAAAACGACACACUAGCUUUGAGUAUGGGCGUUAUGGGAAUCCUACGACUGUGGUUGCGGAGGAAAAGAUAAGUGCGCUUGAGGGAGCCGAAUCAACCUUGCUACUGGCUUCUGGAAUGUGUGCUAGCACUGUCAUGAUGUUGGCACUGGUUCCAGCCGGCGGCCACAUAAUCACGACCACCGAUUGCUACAGGAAAACUAGGAUUUUCAUUGAGACGGUUCUUCCCAAGAUGGGGAUCACGGCUACAGUCAUUGAUCCUGCAGAUAUUGCCGGCCUUGAAGCUGCACUAGAUAACCACAAAGUUAGUCUAUUCUUCACAGAGUCGCCAACCAACCCGUUUCUAAGAUGUGUUGACAUUGAGUUAGUUUCAAAACUUUGCCGUGCUAAAGGAGCCAUUGUUUGCAUUGAUGGAACAUUUGCUACACCUCUCAACCAGAAGGCUCUUGCCCUUGGUGCUGACAUUGUUCUGCACUCUGCAACAAAAUAUAUUGGUGGUCACAAUGAUGUCCUUGCUGGUUGCGUUAGCGGUUCUACUGAAAUAAUUUCUCAAAUCCGUAACUUGCAUCAUGUUUUAGGUGGUGCUCUCAAUCCUAACGCUGCGUAUCUAAUCAUUCGAGGCAUGAAAACGCUGCAUCUUCGUAUACAGCAGCAGAAUUCCACCGCGCAGAGGAUGGCCGAAGUUUUAGAGGCACAUCCUAAGGUGAAGCAUGUCUAUUAUCCUGGCUUGCAAAGCCAUCCCGAGCAUCAUAUAGCAAAGAAGCAAAUGCUCGGUUUUGGUGGUGUUGUCAGUUUUGAGGUGGAUGGAGACAUAACAACCACCAUUAAAUUUGUCGAUGGCCUAAAGAUCCCGUAUAUUGCUCCGUCUUUUGGUGGCUGUGAAAGCAUUGUGGAUCAGCCAGCUAUUAUGUCUUACUGGGAUCUUAGUCAAUCGGAGAGGGCCAAAUACGGGAUAAUGGACAACCUGGUUCGAUUCAGCUUUGGAGUUGAAGACUUCGAGGACCUGAAGGCGGACGUCCUGCAGGCUUUGGAGGCGAUAUAGACGUGGUUCACCUGCGUGAUUGUUGGUUUUUCGCAUUUUCAGAGUCUUUUUUUUUGUUUUGAAAUGUUGGUCUUCAAACUUUGAUGAAUGAUUGUUUGUUUGUUGUAGUUGAACGCUCUUUUGAGUGCCUCCUAUUGCCCACUUCACUUAGGUAGAUCCAGGAAUGUACUUUGUUUUCACAUUGUAAGAAGGUGCUUCAAGCAAUGGUUUUUUUUCAAUAUCUUCAA